GAACGGCGGAACCGUGGAACCGUUCGGGACGGGAGAGUCGCGCAAGAGUGUUGUCGGACGUGGUGCCUGUGUGCGGCCCCCGAAGUGUAGAUAAAUUGCUUGCUCGUGCGACGGGAGACGCGUGUCCGGCGCGCAUCUAUGGAUAUUCAUCGCGAUACGCGUGACUGACGAGAACCGAGAACGAAUAAACGCGGAUUUUGGGAUUGCGCCUAGGAAAAAGAAAUAGCAAACGACGAAAGAAAAAGCAACGUCAAGUGAUUCUGGAGGUUUUCGCGCACGUAGAAGAUCGCCCCAGGCAAUCGCGAUGGCCACGCUAUCUCUGCGCAUCUCCAUACCGGAGAAGAAUGCCACCAAGAUGAUGCAGUUUGAUCCCAGCACAUCGGUUUACGACGCCUGUCGCAUUAUCAGAGAAAAACUCGCCGAAGCCAGCAACAUGGGUCAACCAAAAGACUACGGCCUAUUUCUCGCUGAUGAGGAUGUGAAGAAGGGAGUUUGGCUCGAACCCGGGCGAAACCUUGAUUAUUACAUCCUGAGAAAUGGGGAUUUGCUUGAGUAUCGUCGUAAGCUCCGUACUCUUCGAGUUCGCAUGCUGGACGGAACGCUGAAGACUAUGCUGGUGGACGACAGUCAACCCGUGGCAAAUCUCAUGGUAGUGAUAUGUACGAAGAUAGGCAUCACGAAUCACGAUGAGUAUUCUUUGGUACGCGAGCUAGUGGACGAGGAAAAUGAGAAUCAGAAACCCGGAAAUUUUGGUACUCUCACGUUGAAGCGAAAGAAAGAGGAGAAAGGCGAAAGAGACGCUAAGAUGGAACAAUUGAGGAAGAAAUUAAAAACUGAUGAUGAAGUUAAUUGGAUAGAUCCGAGUAAAACUCUGCGCGAACAAGGCAUAGAUGAAUCCGAAACCGUUUUGUUAAGGAGGAAAUUUUUCUUUUCGGAUCAAAACAUCGACAGUCGCGAUCCUGUACAAUUGUCGCUAUUGUAUGUGCAAGCGCGAGAUGCGAUUCUAGACGGUACACAUCCGAUUACGCAGGAAAAGGCUUGUGUUUUUGCCGGGAUCCAGUGUCAAAUUCAGUUUGGCGAUCAUAAGGAGGAGAAGCAUAAGCCAGGUUUUCUGGAUCUUAAGGAAUUUCUACCGCAAUCGUAUGUGAAAGUCAAGGGAAUAGAGAAGAAGAUCUACGCAGAGCAUAAGAAACACAUCGGGCUCUCGGAGCUGGAUGCCAAAGUCCUAUACACUAAGACCGCCAGAUCGCUGAACACGUACGGUGUAACGUUCUUCUUGGUAAAGGAAAAAAUGAAGGGCAAGAACAAGUUGGUACCACGUUUGCUCGGUGUGACAAAGGAUUCAGUCCUGCGACUCGACGAGAAAACGAAGGAAAUUCUGAAGACGUGGCCGUUGACGACUGUGCGACGGUGGGGUGCCUCACCGAACACUUUUACCCUCGACUUUGGCGACUACUCCGACCAAUAUUACAGUGUGCAGACUACCGAAGCGGAGCAGAUACUUCAACUGAUCUCCGGUUAUAUCGAUAUUAUUCUGAAAAAGCAAAAAGCAAAGGAUCACUUCGGUAUCGAGGGAGACGAGGGAUCUACCAUGGUGGAGGACAGCGUGUCGCCUCUAAAGGCUACCAUCAUGCAACACGAGACUAGCAAUGUUGGUAAAGGAAACGUAGAAGCCGUCUCGGUUGCCAUACCAGCUGUCAUGAGGGCCGGAGGAGAUGGGGCCCGACCAUACGGAACCGGACACAUAGGUGGUGCUCAGUACACGACUGUCAGCGGACAGGUGAACAUCGCCCAUGCCCCACCUAUGGUUCAGCAAACUAAAGUGACAUCCGUCCUAUCCGAACCGCAACGUGCCUUAUUGUCGACCAUUAGCGCCGGUCACGAGGUAAUUCAUAUUGCCGAGAUGGAACUGUCUACGAAAGCUCAGCUGCCCGAAUUAGGGACAGAUCCAGCAUCCUUGAGAUGGAUCGAACAGACGAUUGACACCCAUAAACAAAACGUAGGCUCGCAGAUCGCGGCUAUGAAUGCCGCGACCGCGCAGGUGGUUACAUUGACUUCGGGACCAGCGGAUGAUGUUGAUCAUACCGCGGUGGGAGCCGCGAUUACUACGAUCGCUUCGAAUCUACCGGAAAUGACGAAGGGCGUUCGAAUGAUAGCCGCUCUCAUGGACGAUGACUCGUCUGGGGAGCGUUUAUUGGAUGCCGCCAGAAAACUUUGUUCGGCCUUCUCAGAUUUGCUGAAAGCCACGGAGCCAGAGACCAAAGAGCCUUUCUACAUAACAACGACCUACGAACAAUAUCCACGACAAAAUCUUCUAAAUGCAGCGUCGCGAGUGGGCGAAGCAUCACAUCAAGUAUUGACAACUAUUGGCGAAGAGGAUGACUCGAAUCGUGAACUGCAAGAUAUGUUACUUGCACUUGCCAAGGCUGUUGCCAAUACUACCGCUGCUUUGGUUUUGAAGGCAAAGAACAUAGCGGCCACAUGCGAAGAUUCAGCUACACAGAACAGGGUGAUAUCGGCCGCGACGCAAUGUGCACUAGCAACAUCGCAACUUGUAGCCUGCGCCAAGGUGGUGGCGCCGACUUUACAUUCACCCGCUUGUCAGACGCAACUGAUGAACGCCGUACGCGAGGUGACCAAGGCCGUGGAGCGUUUGGUUCAAGUCUGCAAUGAGACAUGUAACGAUGAGAAUCUGUUGAAAGAAUUGAGUAUUGCUGCUAGCGAAGUUAGCCGCACUUUGAACGAUCUUCUCAAUCACAUCAAGACUGCGACUAGAGGAGAACGCGCUAAAGAGUCCAUUCAAGAAGGCGCGGUAGAAACUAUUUUAGUUGCGACAGACAAAUUGUUCGCCAGUACCGGUGACGCUGGUGAAAUGGUGCGGCAGGCGCGAGUAGUUGGUCAAGCUACCGCGCAAUUGAUUCAGAGUAUCAAAGGCGAGGCGGAGAGACAAACGGAUUCAGAGCAACAGCAACGUCUUCUUGCAGCAGCGAAACUGCUCGCUGACGCCACGGCCAAAAUGGUGGAGGCAGCGCGGCAAUGCGCUAGUAGUCCGCAUGAUGCAAGAAUGCAGGAUCAACUUCGUCAGGCAGCAGAGGAAUUACGAGCCGCGACUACAGCGGCAGCGACUCCAGCAUUACGCAGAAAACUCAUCAUGCGUCUGGAAGCGUGCGCCAAACAAGCCGCAUCUACAGCCACGCAAUGCAUCGCGGCGUCUUCCAGUAUCGGACAUCACAACACAAAUCCGGCCAGUCAAGAGGAACUUAACAUGGAGUGUCACACGAUAGCGCAACAUAUUCCUCGUUUGGUAUCGGGAGUAAAAGGCACGCAGGCACAGCCGGACAAUCCUACAGCACAAUUAAACUUGAUAAAUGCUUCUGAACAGUUUCUGCAACCAGGUAAUGCUAUAGUGAAGGCGGUUAGGGCCGUUUUGCCAACGGUCACAGAUCAGGCAUCCGCCAUGCAGCUGAACAAUACUUCGCAACAACUGGGUUCCUCAUUAGCGGAUCUAAGAUCAGCGGUGACGCGCGCUAGAGAAACCUGUGGUGGAUUAGAGCUCGAUGCCGCAGAGGAAUUAAUAAAUAGUUUGAAAGACGAAUUGGGCGAGUUCUAUCGCGCCGUUGAGGCUGCCUCGUUGAGACCAUUACCAGAAGAGACAACGGAAUCUACUGCUUUGCGGCUCGGCGCUACAUCGAAAAAUGUCGGAUUUGCUAUGGCGCAACUACUGUCUGCCGCUAAGCAAGGUAACGAGAACUACACUGGAAGCGCCGCUAGAGAGACCGCGACGGCUUUGAAAGAUCUCACUUAUGCCGUGCGUGGCGUAGCCGCCACGUCUGAUCAACCGGAGACGCAGAAGAAAGUGCUGAUGACCGCCGAUGACGUGAUUCUACGAUCGUUGUACUUGGUCAAAGAAGCACGACGUGUACUGAAGAAUCCCGACGAUCCCGAGAACGAGGCCAAUUUAGCCGCGGUCGCCAAAGAUGUUUCCAAUUCAUUAAACAAGUGCGUGUCCUGUUUGCCCGGACAAAGAGAUGUGGACGAAGCGAUACGCAACAUUGACGAUAUGGCUCAAGUGCUCAACAUGGACGAGUUCCCGCAAACGAGCAAGAGUUACGGACGAUUACAGAGCGACCUUAAUAACGCGGCUGCCAAUCUGAACGACGCAUCUUCAAAUAUAGUGUCGUCCGUGCGUUCACCCGUGCAGCUCGCAAAUUCAUCCAAACAAUUUACUAAUGCAUUUGGCGAUCUGUUAGGCGUGGGUAUGGAGAUGGCGGGUCAGACGACAAUCGAGACCCGUAGCCAAGUAGUGGUGUCGCUGAAAAAUGUCACUAUGACGUCCGGCAAACUUCUCGUAACUGCUAAAUCAGUGGCAGCCGAUCCCACCGCGCCGAAUGCGAAGAAUCAGCUUUCGGCUGCUGCACGCGCGGUCACCGAUUCCAUCAAUUAUUUGGUAGACGUGUGCACUUCGGCAGCACCUGGACAGAACGAGUGCGAUAAUGCUAUCAGGAAUAUUCAGUCUAUGCGAUCUCUACUGGACAAUCCGAGCGAGCCCAUCUCCGAUGCCUCAUACUUUGAGUGUUUGGAAACUGUCAUGGAGAAGAGUAAGAGCCUCGGUGAUGGUAUGACUGGCAUUGCGAACUACGCGAAAAAGUCGGAACACGAGAACUUCUCCGUAGCGGUCCGUGGAGUUUCUUCUUCAAUCUGCGGCCUAAUUGAAGCCGCAGCUCAAGCUGCUUACCUCGCGGGAGUAAGCGAUCCUACAUCGGUAGCAGGUAAACCGGGUUUAGUAGAUCAAGCGCAAUUCUUAAGAGCAGCGCAGGCCAUACAUAGUGGUUGCCAAAGCCUUGGCAAUCCGACUACUACACAAGAGCAAGUACUUUCGGCCGCUACCAUAAUCGCUAAGCACACAAGUGCGCUUUGUAAUGCCUGUAGACUUGCUUCCAGUAAAACCAGCAAUCCGGUAGCUAAACGGCACUUUGUUCAAUCCGCCAAGGACGUCGCUAAUUCGACGGCAUGCCUUGUUAAGGAGAUUAAAGCGCUUGACAAGAAUUAUUCCGAUUCUAAUCGCGAGAAAUGUGCGGUAGCUACGAAACCAUUGCUCGAGGCAGUCGACAAUCUCUGCACAUUUGCGAGCUCUCCCGAAUUUGCGAGUCAGCCGGCCAAAAUAUCUAUCGCGGCUAGAGCUGCCCAAGAACCGAUCACUAGUGCUGGCAAAUCCAUCAUUGAUGGUUCGUGUGCCAUGGUGCAGGCAGCCAAAAGUCUCGCGGUCAGUCCAAAAGAUCCGCCGACUUGGCAGCUAUUGGCUAAUCACAGCAAGAGCGUAAGCGACUCGAUUAAGUCACUAGUGGCAUCAAUUCGUGACAAAGCACCUGGUCAAAAAGAGUGCGAUGCGGCAAUCGAGAAGUUGUCAGCACGUAUACGUGAACUCGAUGCUGCUUCGCUGAGUGCAGUUUCGCAGGCUCUAGUGCCGCGCCGCGAGAACACUGUGCAGGGAUUCACCGAUCAGAUGGAGAGCAGUGCGAGCGAAUUGCGCGAGAAACUGGAACCUUUGCGCACUGCCGCCAAGUACGAAGCAGAGAACGUUGGUCAUGCUGUCAGUCAGAUCGCUCUUUAUUCGGAGCCGCUUGUCUCUGGUGCGAUCGGCGCCGCGUCUAAUAUGGUACACUCUAAACAGCAAAUGGUGCUGCUGGAUCAGACAAAAACCGUAGCUGAGUCAGCAUUGCAAUUGAUCUACGUUACGAAAGAGUCUGCUGGUAAUCCGAAAGCCAUCGCACUGCACUCCGAGGUGGAUGAAACCGUCGAGUCCACCAAAGACGCGCUUCAGGAACUGCAAAAUACCCUCGAAACUAUAUCUACAUCUGCGGGCAUUGUUACUGGCCUGAUCGACACAAUUUCUCGCGCGAUGGUUAGAUUAGAGGAUCAUCGAAUGUCCACUAUUGACACCGUAGAUUCUUACGUGGAUUAUCAAACAAGGAUGGUCGAAGCUGCUAAAGAGAUCGCUCGUUUGGCGCAAGAAAUGUCGACCAAAUCUAGCACAGAUGUGGCCAGAUUGGGUCCCUUAGCGGUCGACAUAUCGCACAAGUAUACUCAGCUUGCUCGCGAUACUUCUGGAGCGUCCGCGGCCGCAUCCAAUGCUGACGUGUCCGCCAAACUUCGCACCGGUGUUCAAGAACUUGGACGGGCUUGCGCAGACAUUGUUCGAGCUGCUGGCACAUGUCAGAUGUCAACAGGUGACGCUUAUGCCCAACGGGAAGUCGCGGAACAGAGCAAGAUUGUGACCGAGAAAGUAUCGCAGGUAUUGGCCGCUUUACAGGCAGGUUCGCGCGGCACUCAGGCGUGCAUCAAUGCUGCCAGCACUGUUUCCGGCAUUAUUGGUGAUUUGGACACUACCAUUAUGUUUGCCACUGCUGGCACAUUGCACGCCGAGAAUGAGAACGACACAUUCGCCGAUCAUCGCGAAAAUAUACUACAAACCGCUAAGGCACUAGUAGAAGAUACAAAGACAUUGGUUGCUGGAGCAGCAUCCUCGCAGGAACAGCUAGCAGUUGCUGCACAGAACGCGGUGUCAACUAUCGUCCAACUCGCUGAAGUCGUCAAGUACGGAGCGGCUAGUCUGGGCAGUCAGAAUCCAGAGGCCCAAGUGAUGUUGAUUAAUGCCGUGAAAGACGUUGCUUCCGCACUCGGUGACCUCAUACACGCUACUAAAGCUGCCAGCGGCAAGCCCAUCAACGAUCCCAGUAUGGCGCAUUUGAAAGAUUCCGCUAAGGUAAUGGUGACAAAUGUGACGUCGCUGCUAAAGACAGUGAAAGCUGUGGAGGAUGAACAUACGCGCGGCACCAGAGCACUGGAAUCUACUAUCGAAGCUAUAGCGCAGGAGAUUCGAGCGCUCAACAGCCCGGAGAACCAGAAAAGCCAUGUGACGCCAGAGGAUCUUGUACGCUGCACGAAAAGCAUCACUCUAUCGACAGCAAAGGCGGUCUCCGCUGGAAACAGUUGCAAGCAGGACGACAUAAUUGCCGCUGCCAAUAUGGGCAGAAAGUCCAUCAGCGACAUGUUGACGAUUUGCAAGAGUGCGGCCUACAAUUGCGCCGAAACUGCGGAGCUGCGUGACCGUACUCUUCAAGCGGGUCACGAUGUCGCCAUCAAUUAUCGAGAGUUGCUUCAGGCCAUUCUGCAGAUAUCAUCCAGAUCGGGCGAUGCCAAACAUACUCUACCGGUGAUUUCGCGUAAGAUUGCGCAGAGUGUAACGGAAUUGGUAGCGGUGGCAGAGCUGUUGAAAGGCAACGAUUGGGUCGAUCCCGACGAUCCUACGGUGAUCGCAGAAAACGAACUGCUCGGUGCGGCCGCUAGUAUUGACGCGGCCGCCAAAAAAUUGGCGAGUCUGAGACCGAGGAGAAGCAUUCAGGAGACCAACGAAGACAUGAAUUUUGAUGAGAUGAUUCUGGAAGCCGCCAAAUCAAUUGCUGCCGCUACCUCAGCCUUGAUAAAAGCCGCCAGUGCCGCUCAACGGGAACUUAUCGCGACUGGCAAAGUGUCACGCACGCCGUUGACCAGUUCCGACGAUGGUCAGUGGUCCGAGGGUCUCAUAUCGGCCGCUCGAAUGGUGGCGGCUGCCACUCACAGCCUCGUGGAAUCCGCGAACGCUCUCGUUCAAGGCGUAAGCUCUGAAGAGAAGUUGAUCUCCAGCGCUAAGCAGGUUGCCAGCAGCACGGCGCAACUGUUGGUCGCUUGCAAGGUCAAGGCCGACCCUGACAGCGAGAGCACAAAGCGCCUACAGGCGGCUGGUAAUGCCGUGAAACGUGCUACCGAUAAUCUCGUACGCGCUGCGCAACAGGCUAUCCAACAAGAGGAGGACAGAUCGUUAGUUCUGAACCGCCGUAUGGUAGGCGGUAUCGCGCAAGAGAUCGACGCACGCUCGGAGGUAUUGCGAAUUGAGCGCGAGCUGGAGGAAGCCCGAGGUAGACUUACCGCCAUUCGUCUGGCCAAGUACAAGAACCGGUCGGAUCUGGCCGACGGCGAUGGCGACAUAGCCGAACAAGGCGCCUACCAAAGUUACACCACACGAUAUGAGACGAGAGCAUACGAGCCGCAAAGUACGCCCUCGCCUAUUCAAACAAUGAAUCACACUCUGGAUCAACUGCAGUCCACUACGCAGCAUAUCAGUCAUCAAUUUGGCGGUGAUCGACAGAAUCUGAUCAGCCCAGAGAAGGUACAUUCUACACAAAGCACACUCGAGAGAAAGAUGAAGGACAGUCAAUAUCACCGAUCCACCGUGGAUAAUCAGUAUGGCUCUCUGGAUAGAAAAUACAUCGAUAGUCAUCAAGAAAGAAGUCCGUACAUUGUUACUGAGAAAAAGAUUAUAACAGACAAUUCUCCUGGCCAAUACAGCUCAAUAGAACGGAGGAUCAACCAGGAGAGCUAUAUCACGGAGAGGAGGCAUGCAGACGGUAUCGCUUCAUAUAUACCGCCGCCACCGCCUCAACACAUCUUGUACUCACCGAAACCUUCAACCAUCCCCAAAAGUGUUCAAGAACAAACUCCCAAUGAUCCGAAGUCUCCGCAGGAUCAGCAGAAAUAUCCGACCGAUCGGUUCAUGAGCCCGAUGAGUACGUUCCGUUCCGAAAAACAAAUGGACACUCAACGAAUCGCUGGCAGUGGUAUUCCACAGCAUCAAACUUUCAAGAAUGUAGAAAGCAAGGUCAUUCCCGGCGGUAAAAUUGAGACUAUUACGACGAAGAUAUACUCGUCCACUCCCAGUAAGAGCAGCAGCUCCAACUAUGAGGCUACAGAGGAGACCAAGGAAUACACAACAUCUGGUAACGAUCUAUCGACGUUCAAGGGCUUCGAUAACGAUACCGUCGAAGAACGCAAGUCGAUGCACAAAAUAACGGAGAAAAAAACCAUUACUAUGACGAUGUCAAGUCGACAAGAAUCCAACACGAAAACCUUUCGUUACGAGGAUAAGCAAUGAAAAUGAAAAUAACGAAACGACGAGGUCCGUUCACGCGAUAAUUUUGUCCAGAACUAAUUUUAAGAAAAGUGAUCCGUCUAAUUCGUAUGGCUUAGGAGAACGCACUAUAUAUGGAAAUGCGAAAAUGUAUAGCGCAAAAUUGUCUUAACGAAAUAGUCUGUCAAUUAAAAUCAGUAGUCUAUCCACAGCUUUUGUACCGAGAAACAAGAAUAAUUCGGCAAAGAUACUUGACGUAUUUCAUAGCAAAAAUGUCCAAUUUCGCUGAGCAUACGUUGUAUAUUAUACGUCAAGAACAUACAUUCAUUUUAUCGAUGCCUCGAAGCGAAGAAAAAUGAUAAAUUAUUUAUACGUAAGAACAAAUAUAGAAAGUGCCCUUAGAUAGAUGUAACAGUUGUGCUUUCGAUCUGUAGCCUUACGAACAUAUUUCGAUAGUAACCAACGAUCUUAUGACGAAUUGAGAUUGCACGUAAUAUUACAUAUUUCUGAAAUAUAGAGAACAAUUAUAGCUGUUCACCUCUGUAUUCGCGCAGAUUUCUUUUCUUGCUUACCGUACUUCUCGAUGAUAUUUAGACAUAUGGUAAUCGCGCUUGAUUUAAUGUAGAUUUUAAUUUUAUGUUUACUCAUUUACGGGUUAAGAAAAACCAUGAAUUAACAAGAGAAGCAACAUAUCAUUUAAUUUUAUUAAUUUUUCCGAUGCCGCGCGGCGCCGACACCGGCCCGGCGAAGCACCGCUACUAUUAACACUUUCCGCUUUCACGAUUAACCCUUUUCCCCUUUUCCACUCCGGCGUCUCUAUUUAUUUCGAGUAUCUUCCGCUAUCGCAAGACUAUCUUUUUCUAUCUAUCUCAAUCCGACUCUUAUUAUGUUUCUUCUAGUGCGCGAUCUAGGUGCCUGCAGGCGGUGGCUCGUUUUCGAGAUAAGUUUAUUAAUAGAGCUCAUUCGCGCGAGCUUAUUUAGACUUCCGCAAAUGAUCGAUUAGUGCAAUUGUUAGUCUCCUUUUCUACUAAUAGACAUAGGUUACUAUAUAAAUAU